AUGAGUACAAAUACAUCCAUCGGGAAUUCUUCAAUACAAUUAAAUAAUAUUAACAUUAAUGAAGAUCAUUUGUUACGUACAACGCUAUUUCGUCGACGAUCGAAAGGACCUGUAAUGUUCAAUGGUUGUAGUCCACAUGGCGAUGUGAUCAUAAUCGAUAAUAUUAGUUCGAAAAAAACGUAUGAUUUAUCUAAUUGGUUGAUUGAACGUCAAGUAGACUCAAAACCAAAAUUAUUUUUUGAUUUUCCAUCUGGAUUUAUUAUUCCACCUCAGUCAGCUGUUGAACUCUGGGCAUCGGAACAUUAUGUUCAUUCAAAUAAAUACGUUCAAGAAAAGAAUGAUGAUGGACAUAUAAUAAUUCGUGUUCAAACAAAAAUGAAAUCGUGGAAUGAAGCACGCGACUUCAGUAUUACAAAACUAUUUGACGCGUCUAAACGUGAACGUGCAGUUUUCACUCAUCGAACAUUGACGGAGGAAUCGGUUAAUUAUGAAAAUGACACCAAUCUGAAAAGUUUCACUAAUGAAAACUAG